AUUUUGUUGGAAUAACAUCCGCCGAGGUGUUGCAGGUCACCAAAAUAAACACGGGAAACACAAAUCAUGUGAAGUUUCGUGAAAAGUGGAAUGUUAUUUAAUAUGAAGCUUGUCAUACUUUUGAACAUUUUAUUUUUACAUGAGUUUGUAGCGAUAAAUUAUAGUAGUGGCCCUGUCAGUGGUAAUUCAGAGGGAUGUUUUUGUAAGUUGCAAGGAGAGGUAGAUGAUUGUAAAUGUAAAGUGGAGACUUUAGACAGCAUUAACAACCAGAAAAUAUACCCUCGAUUACAGAGUCUACUUAGUAAAGAUUACUUCAGAUAUUUUAAGGUUAAUUUAAAAAAGACAUGUCCAUUUUGGUCAGAUGAUAGUAGAUGUGCUCUAAAAGACUGCCAUGUAGAUAUGUGUAAUCAGGAUGAAAUCCCACCAGGGUUAAAAGGAAGUGAACCAACUGAAAAGAAGUAUUCCAAAGAAGCUCAAGAUGAUAAUGAGUCUUGUGAAGAACAAAAAGAAUUGGGUGCAUUGAACACUACUAUCAGUGACUCCACAAAAGAAGCAUUGAGGAACUGGACUAAGCAUGACGAUACACAGGAAACAUUCUGUGAACUUGAUGAUGACAAUUCCUUAGAAUGUGACUAUGUUGACCUACUUCUUAACCCUGAGAGAUACACAGGGUAUAAAGGACCAUCAGCCCAUAGAAUCUGGAGGAGUAUUUAUGAGGAAAACUGCUUUAAACCACAAGAAGAUGGCAGUACACCUUACUCACCACAACAGUCUCUUGCAGGCUCAUAUCUUAAAGCUGUCUAUAUUAGAUCAGAAAUGACAGGAUUGUGCUUGGAACAAAGGACUUUCUACAGAAUGAUUUCAGGGCUUCAUACUUCAAUUAAUUUACAUCUCUCAUCAAAUUAUUUAUUUCAAGACAAACUAGGAUUUGGUAAUAUCAAAUGGGCACCAAACACUGAGGAAUUUCUAAGAAGAUUUGAUCCUGUUAAUGAAGAACAGGGUCCUCAGAGAUUGAAAAAUCUGUACUUUGCCUACCUUGUUGAAUUGAGGGCUUUAAUAAAGGCAGCACCUUAUAUUUUGGAGGAAGAAUUUUACACAGGAAAUGAAGAAGAGGAUAAAGAUGUUAAAAGUGGUAUUAGGGAUUUGUUAACAGUUAUUCAACAAGCUCCAGAUCAGUUUGAUGAAAGUAAAUUAUUCCAAGGUGAUCCAAAAGAAGCAAAGAAAUUAAAGGAAGAAUUCCGUGCUCAUUUUAUGAAUGUAUCCAGGAUAAUGGAUUGUGUUGGUUGUGAUAAGUGCAAGCUAUGGGGCAAGUUACAGGUCCAAGGCAUGGGCACAGCUUUAAAAAUAUUAUUUUCUGGAGAUCAGAUAGGACCACAUUCCACAAUAAAUGCCAAUCAGAAGAAAAAGUUUCAACUUAGACGUACUGAAAUUGUCUCACUUUUUAAUUCUUUUGGCAGAUUAUCAAGCAGUGUACAUUCAAUAGAAAAGUUCCGACACCUGUUGAGCUGACACCACCACUUAGAUUAUCUCCCUUUUGCUCAUGGAACUAUGUUUCCCACCACGGCUGUGAUUCUUAUGCUUACAAAUGGCUCUACAGUGAUAUUCACAAAUGGCUAUACUACGCUUAACUUUGUUAGUUGCUUUAUGGUGAAUCUACAUUGAUGAAUUCUGUGCAUAUUUAGACUUAUAAAAUAGAACUUAAACCCUAAUUAAACAUUUUAACAGAAUGCAUUUUUAGAGAAAAUGUAUAUGCAAGUCAUGAAUGUAGUUUUCAAAUGCAUAGUCUUAAGUCAUUAUAAAAAAAUGCAUUUUGUGAUUUAUGAGAAUUCUCUCUGUUGAAUACAAAUCCUUUAACAUACAUUUGUUGUCUGCUCUAUGGUCGGGUUGUUGUCACUUUGACACAUUCACCAUUUCCUUUCUCAAUUUUAUUACCAAACAUACAAGUAACGUAAAGUUUAUGAUGAUAUAAUGUGAAAAAGAUGUACAAACUUUGAGCAUUCUUAAGCUCAUAACAUUUCAUUGAUAAACACUCAGCCAUUAUCUAUUCUCUUUUUACUUGGAAAAUUUGAUAUUUUUUUAUGCAACUUAUGUAAAGAUAGGCUAUUGUUAAUGAUAGCCAGAAUUUUUGAAAUCAUGAUUUUCCAAUACUGUGGAUUCACUAAUAUUUGUUGGAUACUAAUUUUCGUUGAAUUCGUGGGUACAGGGGAACCGCAAAUUUAAAUGUUCAACUAAUUACAAAUAUUCUUAAGGAAUGUAUGCAGUCUUUACCAAUAUCACGAAAUUAAAUAUCCACAAUUAUGCGAGUUUUCCUCAAUCCACAAAAAUAAAUGAAUCCACAGUACCAUUUAUUAAAAAGUUGAAUCGCAUCAAAUGCAAUAGUAUUUUUGAUACUUUAUAUCAUGAAAACAUGUGGAUUUAUCUGAUUUAUAUAGAUCUUAAAGCAUUCCAUCAAGACUUAAAUAUAGUCUUCACGCCAUAUAAAUGUUUAUAAUUUAUCACCAGUGUUGUUCAAAGAAUAAAUUGCAUAUAUUUUUUUGUGUGAAUGAAUUUGGUUAUGAUUAAAUUGUGUGUACAAAUGUGUACUGCAUGUCCAUGUUAAUUAAUUUAUUACAACUUUGUUGUGAAUUGUUAUGGUUAAGAUUUCUUGCUGGCAGAUCGUUCUAUGUUGUGAAUUAAGUUUUUUAUUAAUGUUAUAAAUUUUUACCAUUUUUAGAAAAGUUUAUGUCAUUUAUUCAAUAGCUUAUUUAAGGCAAGUUAAUACAGUUACAGGAUAUAUGAAUGUUCAUUGCCUAAAGUUUCCAAUUUCAUUUACAAGAACAUUUUAAUGAUGAAUCUGAGGAUUAAAAUGGAACGUUAUAUGAUAGAGCUAAUUAAUGUGUAAACUGGGGCGAUUGACUCACAAACUGAAUAAAAGCAAAGGACUUUUAUGUAAAAGUUUGAUAGUCAGCAACCCAGUUUACACAUCAAUAUACUUUAGAGAAAAUGUGUUUAAUCCUUAUAAUUCCUAAUCCAAACAUUUCAAUUUUAAUUAACAAUUUUUGGUACAUUGGCUACUAUUUACCAUCAAAUAUGCUAUUGACAUUUUGUAGCGCCAUAUUGGCUUACUUAAAUCCCUUAAUGUACAAUUGAUGCAAUAGAAUCUAAAAUAAAAUAAUACCUACCUCAAAAGCUUCAUUUUAAUGAAAUAUUUUAUUUGUAAUUUGAAUCAAACAAGAAACAAAAUAAUCUUCAUCUUGAGAGUUUUUAUUUGUAUGAAGUCAAGCUGCCCUGUGACAUAAAUGAGUCGAGCUUAAUGAUGAAAUUUCUGUGAAUUUUAUUUAUAGUAUAUUUAUACAUUUCCCAAGCUUUAAUGCAUUGUUUCUGUUUAUUAUUCAUUGAAAUAGAAAUAACCGUUAUUAAUUGGGUAUUUUUCUGUCUCAAUUUACUUGGACCCCUUGAUCUCAUGCAUAUGUAUUGUGCAUGAAUAGAUGAAUCACAAUGAUAGUUACUGAAAUAGCUUCCGCAACAUGGUCUUUUGAAGUGUAAACCAAGGGAAAAAUGCUAACGAACCAAUCCAAUUCAAGUAUUUGUAGAUACGAAAAUCAUAUAAGAAUUAUAAACAAACAAAAACAAACAAAUGAUAUUGAUGAUAAGUCAUAUGAUUAGUAUCAAAACCAAUGUUAUGAUGAUAUUUUUUUUCUGUUUCCAUGGUCACCAACAAAUCAAUGUCUGCCUGAAAAACAUAUAACAAUACAUUUGAUUUUUUUUUUUAAAGAUAAACAAACCAGUCUAUAAGUAAGAUUUAAAAACAAGGUUUUUCGUAUUAUUGUAGCCGGUAUAUUGUUAUUCUUUAUUUGUAAAUAAAAUUAUUAAUUAUUUUUCUUAGAUCUAGAAACUAACAAAUUGUAGAAAAUGUUAUUACUUUAAAAAAGAUUUGUAUUUAAAUUAAUAUUUCUCUGAUAUAUAUACAUGUAACUGUUGAUUAACUAUUUGAACUGAACAUAGAAAAUGAUAAUGCGGAUGGGGCAUCCAUCUACUGUGGACACAUUCUUGUUAUUUGAGAAUUGUAGCCCAAAUGUCUUUAAGGUAUGCUUAAAGUAGUGUAGAGGUUUACAAUCAUGCUAGCAAGAUCUUUCAUUAUAAAAAGUUUGUCUAUUAAGAAUGAUAUACUUUGGUGCUUUAGUUGCAAUGCAAAUAAAUACUGUAGGGUCUUCAUUUCCUCCAUUUAUGCAAAUAACAUAUUCAGAACAAAAUUUGAACAUGUAUUUUAUAUUUAAAAGUGAUAUUGGUGUGAAAAGUAUGACGAUUUGUUAGAUUUGUUUGCUUGUUAUAUGCUGUAGUUUGUUGAUAUUACCCUUCAGCUGUGUUCCUAAAUGCACCCAUGUAGCCUUAUUAACUUACGCAAUGAUGGACCAAUCAUAGGUAUUGUCCUAAACUUACAAUGAGGGGGGAUAUUUUUCAGAGUGGUCAUGGCAAAUCUAAUUUUCUUGAAAAUGAUAGAUAUAGCAUUUGAUAGUGAAACAAUAAUAUAGGAAAAUAUUAAUAAAUAUUGCUCAAAUUUACUUGAAAUCUAAAGAUCUAGUCAUUAGACUAGUUAUUUCUAUGUUCUAGAUAUUAGCAAAAAUCCUUAAAAUAUUUCUUUAUUGUUGUCCUGCAGUAUUUUCUUAUUUUGUUGAUAUAUUAUGUUGUUAUCUAUUUUCAUACAAUUUUGUCAUUGUUAUUUCAUACAGUUUAUCAUUAAAUAUAAAA